AUGUCGGGACCUGCUUCCCGCAUCCGCUCCAUCGUCAACCACAUCCUCCCGUCCGGCCCGGAUCCGCCUCACAUCCAUCAUCUCUCGCCCACUUUCUUCCUCGAGCGCGCCGCCGCCGUGGAGCCCGAUGCCGAUGCCAUCAUUCACAUCACCCGUAGCGGUGCCGCCGUUCGCCGUUCCUACGGAGAGUUUGCCACGCGUGCCAUUGGCUUGGCCUAUUACAUGAAGAAGCAUGGCUUCCAACGCGUCGGCAUCCUCGCCCCCAACACGCCCGCUUUUCUCGAGUCCAUCUACGGCAUCGUUGCCGGCGGAGGUGUCGUCGUGCCGGCAAACUACAGGCUCAAGGGUGACGACAUUGCCUACAUAUUCGAGUAUGCCGAGGUCGACUGCAUCGUCGUUGACGAGGAGUUUGAGGACCUGCUGGAAGUGUACCGAAGGAAACGCAGCAAUGUGCCGUUGAUCAUCGAUGUGGACACCGACAAGACGCAAGGGCCAGGUUGCGGACCAUUCAACGAUGCCAUCCUCGAGGGGCUCGCCUACGAUCGGCAUCAUGGCAGUCGCCGCUGGGCUGGGCUGCAGUCCAAGGCCGCCAACGAAGACGACAUGCUCGCCAUCCCAUUCACGUCGGGCACCACCUCUCGACCCAAAGGUGUCGUGUACACCCACCGUGGUGCCUACCUUGCCGCCGUGGGAAACAUAAUUGAAUCGGGGCUCAACAUUGGACGCUGCAAAUAUCUGUGGACGCUGCCCAUGUUUCAUGCCAUGGGUUGGACGUUUCCCUGGUCGGUCGUGGCCGUCCGUGGCGUCAACGUCUGCCUCCGAAAGAUCGACUACCCGCUCAUAUGGAGACUGCUGAAGGAGGAGGGCAUCACGCACUUUAACGCGGCGCCCACCGUCAACACCCUCCUGGUCGCCGCCAGAGAAGCGGAACCGCUGCCGCAGCCGGUCCAGGUUACUGUCGCUGCAAGUCCGCCUAGCGGUCAUCUGUUUGAGCAAAUGUCUACCGCAACCGUCAACGGCAGUCUCGUCGUCGUCGUGCUAAUGGAUGCUUCAGAAACAUACGGACCCAUCACAAAGUGCUAUCGCCUCCCCGAGUGGAACAUGCUGCCGGCGCAAGAAAAGUACGCCAAGAUGGCUCGGCAGGGACACGGCUUCAUCACCAGUCUCCCCAUCCGCAUCAUCAAGACGGACCAACCCGAGGGCGUUUACGUCGACGUCGCCAAGGACGGCCGGGAGAUUGGCGAGAUUGUCUUCUUCGGCAACAUCUGCGCCAAGGGCUACUACAAGGACGACGACGCCACGCGCAAGCUGUUUGCCGGUGGCGGCCUGCACUCGGGAGAUCUCGCCGUCUGGCAUCCCGACGGUAGCGCUCAGAUCCUCGACCGAGCCAAGGACAUCAUCAUCUCGGGCGGCGAGAACAUCUCCUCGGUCGCGCUCGAGAGCAUGCUUGUCCAGCACCCCGACAUUCUCGAGGCCGGCGUCGUCGCCGUGCCCGAUGCCCAUUGGGGCGAGCGGCCCAAAGCAUUCGUCACGGUGAAGGAGGGGAAAAGAGUGGCGGCCGACGAGAUCAUCUCCUGGGCCAAGCACCAGAGCAGCAUCAGCAAGUUUAUGGUUCCAAGGGAGGUCGAGGUCGUGCCGGAGCUUCCCAAAACGAGCACCGGGAAGAUCAAGAAGAAUGACCUGCGCGGGUGGGCAAAGGGGAAUCGCACGGCUUGA